UGAGCUGACUUGAAGGUCAGUACGCGUGGAUGUUCAGGACGCUUCCCGUGACCAGAUGUCCUGGAUGCGGGAGUUGUGGCUCAGGGUGGCCUCUCCCUUUAAACGGUCCACAAUGCCUUGCGGUGCCCCACUUCCAAUGCGAUGUGUGCGCCUGCUAGAGGAGAGAGGAGACAAGCGUAGGGAGAGGGCCUUAUUUUCCCCCCGCAGUUCACUGGCGAGAGAGCAAAACACCAGCACACCUCCGAGUGUACCGAGUCAAACUUUGGGGCAGGGAGCUCGAACGUCCUCGUCGUUUUUUUUCGCCGAAACAAGUCGUUCGGGGGCUAUGGUUUGGAAGGACACAAUUUGCGUUAUCCUUGCCUCUCCGAAUGUUUCAUCUGCAAACUUCACUUCGCAAAAGCAGCAGUGAGCCGAAUCCUCUUUGCGCCAGAAAGAAGCAGCCAGAAAGGCUUCAGCUGCCCUUGCGCAUCUGAUGUCUUCAAGAAUGUCGGAUCCAACAUAUCACAGGAAGUCUCAUCACUUUUGACCCACAAUGGAGCUCAAGGUAUGGGUGGAUGGAGUUCAAAGGGUCGUGUGUGGGGUUACUGAAGCCACAACCUGCCAGGAAGUGGUGAUUGCUCUGGCUCAGGCGAUAGGUCGGACUGGAAGAUACACUCUGGUCGAAAAAUGGCGGGACACAGAGCGUCAUCUAGCCCCUCAUGAGAGCCCAGUUGCCUCUCUUAAUACUUGGGGUCAAUAUGCAGGUGAUGUCCAGCUGAUUUUACUUCGCACAGGCCCUUCCCUGACUGAACGGCCCCCUUCAGAAGGGCCCCCUCUGAGGGGGCCUGAACGCGGCUUUCACCGACAGAGCCUCCCCCCACUCGCAAAGCUUCACCAUCCCAAUGAGCGCUCCCUCUGUCGCCGUGAGCCUCGGCGCAAGUCCCUCACUUUUACAGGAGCGCCCCGAGGUCUAAGGGAGAUACUGAGCGGUGGGCGGACAAGUGAAACUGAAGCUAAAAGGAGACUUCAUCUAGGAAAUGUUGGGACUUACCAUCAUGCAGGAGGAGCCGCUGGGAGUGCAUCCCAGGGCCUGUGGGCAUGUCGCAUGGAGGACCUGGUUCGACUGGUGGGCAUUCAGAGAGAAACGCUUAGUGUGCUGGAGAAGAAACUGGAGGUUUAUGAAGCUGAGCUCAAAGCUUGGGCUGACGUGCGAGCAGGACGAACUCCAGUCUGUAGCGAGGACUCGGGUGGGGGUCUGUUUGAGGAGAUUAUGAGACUGGAGAAGCAUCUGAAGAAAACUGAGGUGGAGAUGGAGGAGGAGGAGUUUUGGACAACUGAGCUACAGAUUGAGCUGGAGAGUGAAAGGCAGCUGGAGGAAAGGCUGGAAGAGCUGCGUGGUCGUCUACAAGGAUGCGAAAAGGAGAUUGAAGAGAAGCUGGCAAUGGUGCAGGGCAUAGAAACUGGAUUGGAGGAGAUGCGUCUGCAGAGAGAGCGUCAGGAGACCGAGUGGCUCAAUGAGGCAGAGGCUCGAGCUCAGGUUCUCCUAGUCAAAGCAGAACUGAAAGCACAAGAGAGACAAGCUGUCCAGAUGGAGAGCAGCUGCAGAAAUGUGGACAGGUCACUGGGACAAAGCAGCAAGCAGCUACAGGACAUGCACCAUGAGCUGGAGCAGCUAACCAAGGAGCUCAGGCAGGUUAACCUGCAGCAGUUCAUCAAGCAAACUGGCACUAAGGUCACAGUACUGCCGGCUGAACCUGCAGAGGAUGAAAGUAGAAGCAGCAAUCGCGUCAUAGAUAUGGUUCCACUAACUGGCUCCCUGAAGCGUCCAGUGUCCCUGCAACCCUUGUCCAGUCAUCUACGAGUCUUAAAAAGCCCCCUCAGCUCCGGCCUGAACCCAGAGGGCAUCUAUGUUUGAGGCUCCACUGCACACCUGUGCUGUUGGGAACUAUAGCACAUUGGCUCAUUUCUCCUCAGAGCGUUUUCAAUUGGAUGUCUUGUACAGGAUACUUCAAUAACACAAAUCGUACAAUAAGGCAAUCUUUUGCUAAGGAAAAACGCUCAACUCUGAUGCGAAGGAUUUGUUGGCACAACCCAUGGUCUUGUGUGAAGCAUACACUGAGAACCAUUUCUAAAUAUGGAUCAGGCUGCAAUGGACGUCUUUUCAAAACACAACCAUGUACUGUCAUUUCAAUCACUCUAGUGACUGCUGAAUGCUUUCGACUGGUUUCAUGCUGGUACUAUAAUUCCAAACAAUGGCCUUUUUAGAAUGAAUGUGAAUCCGUGAAUUAUAUCAAUUUAGUAGUUAUGCAAUGAACAUUUCCUCCGCCUGAUGUCUGAUUGACUUCAAUUAUGACGGAUAUAAGAAACCUAUUAAUUAUAAUUUAGUUUACUAUCACUUGUCAAGACUAUGCAUUAAUAGGUUCCUUUCCUUCAGCUUGUCACUUGAUGCGUUCCCUCUACGAUAAAUGCAGUGCCCUUAUUCCUGCUGUUAUAUCGACUCCAUGAAAUCAAGUCAAUUUCCCUCUGAAAUGUUUUAUUGUUUUUUUUGGGGGGGUGGGGGCGGUGGGUUUUCUGCUUUGUGGCCAAAGAUGAAUAGCUCUGAGCGCAUGAUUGUGAUGUUUUUAUAGCCAUAUACGUGCAGAGAACCAACAGUACAGUGAAUCACUUGUGGCAUGCUAUAGCUCUUUAAUGUACAAUAGGUGUUUAUGUUAGAUUGUAUCUCAGCUGCUAACAACAGCAAAGUGCCUUAAUGUCUUCGUUGGGCAGUGAAUGAUGAUGAAUAUGAAGCUAUCGUGGCGAUAUUGAAGAGAUAAGUCUGUAAUUUGGGCAGAUAGCGUAGUGCCACGUUGCUGCACUGAUAGCAUAGCAACAAGGAAAAUUAUUCUUGUUUAUCGAGAAUGGGUGAGAGUGGAUGUGACUGAAAGUUCUUUUCCACAUUGUGACUGUGUUGUUCCCAUUUGUUGUAAAAUAGUCAGUAUUCCGAUUCAACAGAUUGAAGACAUUCUUUACGCUUUAUUUCGACGGUUACUGUAAUCUUGGUGAUGUUUGCAGUCUUAGCCUCUGUCACUUUGGACAAAUCCCACACGGAACAUUAUAGCCAAUGUAUAACUUACAUUUCUUUUUAAAUAACAUACUUAUUUUUAAAUUGAACUUUUUUAUAUGAAGGGAUCAACUUAUAAAUAAGGGUGGAUUUCCACUUCAAGGAACCUAAUUGUGUGUGUUUCUGUGAUGGAAUGUAGCUGUGAUCACUGUUUACAAUGCUCUUGAGAUUGGCAAGAUGUCAGCUGUACCAACUUUUUUUUUUUUUUUUUAAGUAUUAUUACACCUUGACAGAUAUACAGUUGUAAUGGCUGAUUAGAUGAUAAUCGCAUGAUUCAAUAAAGCCGUAUGAGAGAAGUUAA